GAAAUAAACAAACCUAAAGCGACAAAGUCACCAAACGAACACGAACGUGUAAAAUACGAAUUCACAGGCCCGCUGGUUUUUCAAUGCAUAACUUGCAAAGUAAUAGUAGGUGAUUCUUUCGCGUUCGUAGCGGCAGAGCGUGAUUUAAACUCAGUUGCGCUAUAUGCUAAACCACAUAAUAUUCGAGUUGGCACAGAACUUGCAUGGUCGAAAGAGGGUGCAGAUAUUGGAAGAUACGAGUGUGGAUCUUAUAUAGACCCAGAAGCAGCACCACUAGAUAUUCAUACUUUACCAAGUGCAAGGACACAACAAAUGUCCAUAAAUAAGCUCCAAGACAUGGUCAUGAUGUUACAUCAACGACUUGCAAGUUUGGAAUAUA